AGUAGGUUUCUGUGUCAAAUAGUCGGCACUUAUCUUUAGUGUCAUCUCUAGGUUAACUUUUAGUGUAGAAUUUAAGCAAAAUCAUAGAUUUGAAAAAUACCACUUAAAAGCAAAACAUGUUAUUUAAAAGUAGUUGAAGUUAUUUAUAAAACAGUUUAUGUAAUAAAGUAUGUCCUCCUUUUGUGAUAUCCAUAGUCCACAGUUAUGUUCUAAGGGUAAAACACCACUUAUCCAAAAACCCUCAGCUUCUAAAAUUAGUUUAAAGAAAAAUGAAAAAAAUACAAACUCAACUAUAAGCUUUAAAAAUGAGACCAAACAAUUACCUCAAAAUUUUACUAAAGAAAAUUUUAAUUUAACAAAUGCAAGAUCUAUUAUAUAUGAAAAUAAUGAGACUGAUGAUGAAUCAGAAAGUGAUUUUGAUGCAAUGUCUAUAGCCAGUAGAUACCAUAGUGGAGAUAAUUUAGAAUACCAAAUGGAUACUGAAAGGGAUUUCACGAAGCCAUCUGCCACAAUCGAAGACUUAAUUGAAGAAACUCCAAUAAAUCAUAUAUCAAAUAAAACGAAAUCCUGUAAUUGUUCCUGUAAAAAUUCUAGUCAACAUUGCGAUGCCGCAAAAUGCGCCACACCAAAGAUUUUCUUCGAAGACGGAAUCAGAUCUGUAGAUUACGUUUUAGUAUGGGACGCUUUCAAUCAUCACGCCAUAGAGGAGAAAGCGUACGAUAAAAGAAAAACGUUUGAAACAAAUUUAAAAAGAGAAGGUUUACAAUUGGAAUUUGGAAAGCAAGAACCCAACGGACUGAAUUUUGUGAAGAUUCAUGUUGAAAACGAAGUUUUGAGACGAUAUAGUGAGAUAUUGAAAUUAAGAAUGCCUAUGAAAGAGGAAUUAUGUAAGGAACCCAAGGAAUCUGACAGUUACAACGUUUUUGCUAGUAUCGGUCAAAAGAUUCCAGCCCUUCGGCAAAUAUCAAGACGAACAAAUUUUUUCAUAGAUAAUAUAAGUAGUCGUUGGGACAAAUUAAAAUCUUAUAUAACCAUUGAUGAAAGUACUUUCCCUGAUAAAGAGCAUCGGUUUACUGCCAUUUAUAGUAGAGAUAAGGAAUACCUGUUUGAUGUCGAUUCCCCCUUUUUCUUCACACCAGCAAUACGAUCUAGAAUAGUACAGUUUAUUUUAGAUAGAAAAAGAUUCAGUGAGAGUGGUAACGACUUCGAAUUUGGUAUAGAGAGAUUAUUAAAUGAUAAGACGUACGCAGCGGCGUACCCAUUACAUGAUGGUGAUUUAAGGCGCCAAGGCUCAACGAGACAUUUACUAUACGUAGAAUGGGCGUCUUUAAAAAAAUGGUACAAGUAUCAACCACUCAAUUACAUAAAAGAAUAUUUUGGUGUGAAAAUCGGUUUCUACUUUGCCUGGUUGGGAUUUUACACUCAAAUGUUAAUACCAGCAGCUCUAGUCGGCCUAAUAUGUUUCAUAUAUUCUUGUGCUACUUUAUAUUCCAAUAUUCCGAGUGAGGAUAUAUGCAAUGAAAAGAUCAAAGAAAAAAUGUGUCCGCUUUGUGAUAUCUGGUGCAGUUAUUGGAAUAUUUCUGAAUCUUGUGUUCAUGCAAGAAUAACGUACCUUUUCGACAAUCCGACUACAGUAUUUUUCGCCAUAUUUAUGUCCGUUUGGGCUACUUUAUUUAUGGAAAUGUGGAAGAGAUAUUCUGCGGAAAUAACUCACAGAUGGGACGUAACUGGUUUCGAUAUACAAGAAGAACAUCCUAGACCUCAAUAUUUAGCACGUUUAGCCCAUGUUACAAGGAAACAAGUUAAUGUUAUUACAAACACAAUGGAACCUCUUGUGCCUUAUUGGAAAAUGCGAGUACCUAUGACUAUACUCAGUUUUUCAGUUGUACUACUUUUGAUCGCUUUAGCUCUUGCAACAGUUGUAGCAGUUGUUCUCUAUCGUAUGUCCAUUUUAGUAUCUCUAAAAGCAUUCAAUCCAUAUGCUGCUGUAGUUGUAGACAACAGUUCGGCAAUGUUAUUCACCACCUGUACUUCUGCCUGCAUCAAUUUAGUUUUUAUUGUGAUAUUUAAUUAUAUUUACACAUACGUAGCUAAAUACUUAACAGAAUACGAAUUACUUAGAACUCAGACUGAAUUCGAUGAUUCCUUAACAUUAAAGAUAUAUUUAUUACAAUUUGUUAAUUAUUACGCUAGCAUAUUUUAUAUCGCAUUUUUUAAAGGAAGAUUCGUUGGUUAUCCUAAAAAAUACAAUAGGGUUUUUGGUUACAGACAAGAAGAGUGUGGACCCGGUGGAUGCCUAACUGAACUCUGUAUCCAACUGGCAAUAAUUAUGGUAGGCAAACAAACCAUGAACACUAUUCUAGAGAUGCUAUUUCCGUUAUUUUUCAAAUGGUUGAAUACCUUGAAAGUCAAAACUGGUUUAACCGCCCAGCAACAGUUAUGUAAAAACUGCCGACCUCAAUGGGUGAAAGAUUACAAACUGGUAGAAUGGGGACCUAGGAGUCUGUUUCCGGAAUAUUUAGAAAUGGUUCUUCAAUAUGGUUUUGUAACAAUAUUCGUAGCGGCGUUUCCGUUAGCGCCAUUUUUUGCUUUGAUAAACAACAUUCUCGAAAUGCGACUAGACGCCCAAAAACUUUUAACUUUUUAUCGAAGACCCGUUUCUCAGAGGGUUCGCGAUAUUGGAGUUUGGUACAGAAUUUUAGAUUCCAUAGGAAAAUUGUCGGUAGUAACAAACGGUUUCAUUAUAGCAUUCACAUCAGAAUUUAUUCCAAGGCUUGUCUACUUAACGAAUCACAAUAAUUUGGAAAAUUAUUUAAAUAACUCAUUAUCAUAUUUCAAUACAAAUGAUUUUAAUAAUUCGUCGAGGCCCAACAACUGGGAUUCAGAAUCUGUUUGCCGGUAUCCAGAUUAUAGAGAACCACCAGGAACCUCAAACGAAUAUCUUAGAACUUCUUUGUAUUAUCAAAUAUUGGCAGCAAAACUAAUGUUUGUAUUAGUUUUUGAAAACGUGGUGUUCUUCAUAUUAACUGUUGUCAAAUGGUUGAUACCAGAUAUUCCCAUGGAUCUUCGGGAUCAAAUAAGAAGAGAAGCAUACAUUACAAAUGAAAUUAUUAUUAUACAGGAAACUCAGAGGGCGAAAUCUGGAAUAAAAUGUAAAACCCCCUCAGAAUUAGAAAAGAUAAAGAAUCUUAAUGAAGCACCAACAUCUCUAGAACAAUGGGAUAGAAUGCUGAGUGAAUCGAUUGGUCGUUUCCAAGUUAACCGGUUAAACUGUACGAUUCCAUCAAAUUCUACUCGCGAAUCUCCACUUUCGCAAGUUAGUAUUUAACGUCGUUAUGCCCUUUUAUUGUUAUUAGUCACUUAAAUUAUCAAGGUAGCUAUUUUAAUACCAUAAAGCUGUUCUUUAAAUACAUUUUAUGGAAUAAAUAAUUGCUAGCCAAUUGAUGGAAAACAAAAUUAUAUAUUUGAUGAAAAAUAUUCUGUAACUUUAUAUUUCAUUGUGGUACUGUAGAAGCUAUUUCUAUUUGAGCACACAUAUGAUAAAUUAUAAUAUAGUAUGUGACUCAUUACCAUGAAUAGAAUAAAAUUUCUAUUUUUCAUCGUUAUAAUUCCAAAAACUUUAAAAUAUUAAAUUUCAUUUGAAAAAAAAGGAAGUUAUUAGGUAUAUAAAUUUUAUUUUCUAUAAAUUUAGUACAGAUUUUAUAAACCGCAAUGCUAGAUUCUUUUAAUAGAUAAGAUUAAGUUGUUUAGGGAGUCUUUUUCAAAAAAAAAAUAUAUGAACAAUAAAAUUCAAUGAAACAUAAAGAAAACUAAGAUUCAAAUAAUAAAACUAGAAGAGUGGUCUUCCAGGGGGAGUACCGGAAUGACUCUUUAUACGAAGAAAAAAAUUAAAAAUAAAUGUAUAAAAAUAUAUUACGAAAAAAACUGACAUAAUUGACCAAUGUGGUUUUUCUAUAUGCUUACAAAUAUCAUUUUUAAAGCGAGAAAUUGAAAGGAUGGGAAAAAAGAUUUAGAACUGUUUCAAACAAUAUAGAAAAUUAACCUGGUAACUCCUCUGGCAACCCAAUCGGCUGUAAAAACUCCUGGUAACUUUCUGUGACCACUUCUACUUUCUGGUAAGCUAUUCAAAUUGAGUUUUCCUUCCUCGGGCAUCGGUAUGGCGGAUAAAAGUAAUUUCUAUUCUACUCCGUAACGACAGUCGAAUUCUUCACUACAAGUACACGCAAUGAAGAUUGAAAAAUACAAAAAUUUUAUAUAUUGCCUCUGGUCUACUCCCUUUAUAAGGAUGGCUUGAAAAAACUCUGGGAGCUAUGCCACAAUAUAACACAGAUAUAAUUAUAUCAGAAACGAUCUUCUUCUUAGACUACUCAGACGGAAGAGAGCGUUUUAGUAACUCUUGCAACCGUCUUCGAUGUAGAACUGCCAACUUAGUACUAUCAACAAUAAGCACUUUGCUUGACCUAUCAGCUCAUAUACAUCGUCUAAAAUAAAACAUUUCGCAGUAUUUAUUUUUUAACAUAUUUACCAACUAAAACAAUCAACGCCAUCGUACUGCUUCAACUUGCUAAUCAAUUUUUACUUCUAUCUCUAUCUAUCUAUUUAUCCAUCUCUAUUUGACUCUAAGUAUAGAAGGAUAGUGAGAGGAUCGACAUGGAGGAUUGUUAGAUUUUGAAUAGCAUGUAAUCCAAUUAGAGUAGUGUGAAGGAGUUUUAUUCCUUUUGUGUCCAACUUUCAGCAUUCACAAGGUGGUAACUAUACCUGACGCCAGAUUCAAAACUGAAUUGUUCAAAAUCUCUUACAUUUGAUCAUAGAGUUUAUUCCUCAAAAAUUUAUAUACCUAGUAAACUACCGAUAUGACCAAUAAACGUAAUAAGAUCAAGAUCAAUAAAAAAAUCUCAUAAAAUACUCUUCAGCAUAUCAAACUCAUAUAUAUUUUUUAAGAAUUUAUUUAUAUCGAUAAGUUUCUCAAAAAUCUAGUAAAUUGUGAUCUUACUAUGUAUAUUUUCUGUGAUCCAUAUAAACUGACAUAUAGAUGAUGAAUCAAGUGAAAAAAUUAUGAUAAGCACUAAGUUCAAUGGAGAAAGGUCGAGAAAAUAAAGUACAAAACGGAUCAUGAUGCAAUAAAGUGUAUUCAAUUCGGGGGAGCCUUAAAAUUCAAAACUAUUGCUGGAAAUGACUUUAAUUUAACUACUCUGGAGUUUUCGAGGUCGCUGAACACAAAUAUCACGACAGAAAAAGUCUAUGAGGUACCUGAUGCCCAGGAUGACUGACAUCUGCAUCUGGGAUUGGUUUUUGAGAUUGUUGAACACAAAUAUCAUGACCUGCGAGGUACCUAGUAACCAAGGUGGCUAGUUUAAACGUUAUCUCCUUGAGUCCCGUGGAAAUUGGUUAUGAAAUUACCCCAUAUAUACACCCAGGGAUUUCAAGAUCACUGAACGCGAUGAUCACGACGACGAUGACCUGUGGGGAACCUCGUUCCAAGUAAAGUUGGUUUAUACGUUGUCUCCUGGAUUAAAUUGACCAAACAUAUACAUCCUGGGGGUUUUCGAGAUCGCUAAACACGAAUAUCACAACGGCGUUGACAAGCAAAGUAUCUGUUGCUCAGAGAGGCUGGUUUAUACGACGUCUCCUCGAGCGCUGUGGAGCCAAAUAUGCUCGGUGGGCCAGCCAUAUGUGUAAUUUUUAUGGGGACUAAAUGCUGUUCUUUCAAUUCCUAUUCCCAAUUAGUAAGAUUCAUGCCGCAUUGAUUCCCAUAAAGCCACAUUUCCACUUGCAAAUGAACUCUUUUCAAACUUAUUAAAAUGAUAUUGAAACCCACCUAGUAGUAAAACUGAACUUAUUUCCGGCAAGAUUUUCUGUGUUAUACGUACACUUUUCAAAAUGCAGAAAUUCCUCUGUUUUGCCCUUUUUGGGCUUUUAUUUUUUUGUCUAGUACAAAGUUAUCAUAAAUGUAUAGACAAAAAUAAUUUUUCUUCUUAAUUCAGAAUCUACUUCUUAAUUUAUGCAAAAUUUGUCACUGUUACCGACGUUUUUUUUUUAAUAUAUGAAAAACGUUUGUUUUUGGAUUAUGUUUAUUUGAUGUUUAAUGUUAUUUUUAUUAAUUAGAAAAAUUAUAAUUUCGUGGUGUAAACUUAUAUAUACUAUCGGUCAAAAAAUUUGCACACCCUAUAGUCUGCGUGAUAAACGAUCGAUUUUGAUAUUUAUAUUUUAAGGAACAUAUAUAAUUUCCAAAUAUUUCAAAUUUCUAGUUUAAGUUUCUUUUUAACUUAGUUAUCAUUUUUCGUUUCCUCCCAUCUCUAUUCUUUUGACUUCAACUAAGUUACCAAAUAGUUUCUUGUGUCAGCCGACAUCAUCAUGACGAACCCGUUGUAAGAAGGGUCAUAUAACAUAGUAAAAAAAGCGCGCGGGAGUUGACUGUUGAAGCAUAUUCUGUGAAUAAUCCGAAAGACGUACAGUAUCUGGAAUAGACGUUAUUUUGUUUUAAAGACUUGAAAGACGUAAGAUGACGGUUACUAAGUUACCAGUCGCCCUUCCUCCAAAAUAUCUCCAAACCAACCUCCAGCUUCUGCCGUGUUUUAUAGUCGGGAUUACACUUGGAUCUAACAUCCGUUCUUCUUUUAACUUGUUGUCAAUCUCUUUUUCACUGUAGAAGUAUUGAAAGACAGAUCCAUAGACUCAUUGAUCUGAGCUGAUAUCUCUGGGCUAGUGAGUCGUCGAGUCACGUUUACUAAUCAAUACGUUUAUCUUCAGCGGUUGUGGUUCAUCGAGGCUUUAUCAUUGGUUUUGCCCAUUUUAAAACUUACAUUAUGCGAGAACUAAAUCAAAUCAUAUAAGAAUCUCACAAAAAGAUGCCUUAGUCGGACAAGUAUGAAUCACAACAUUUCUUCCCUCUCACAGGGCUAACUGGGACUAAAGUCCAAUCCAAAUAACAAAAAAUAAUUUUCAGUUAAUGAAUAAUCAACAAAUCAGGCGGUACUUGCAAGUUUUAAUUUAUCGCACUCACCGACAAAAUAUAAACAUGCUCUUAAAUAAAGUAAACAAAUAACGGACAUUAUUAUUUUUGAUUUGUUAAAGUUUAUUUUUUUGAAAUUUAAUGAAUGGAUUAUGAGGUUGGCCAAAACUUCUGCCCGGUACUGUAUAUAUGUGCAUAUAAUAAUUGAGCCAUUUCUCUUAAUUAAUAAAUUGUAGAUGUAACCCUUAACCAAUGAAUGAAAUGAGAAAAAACAGUAAUUUAGUCUAUAUUCAACAAUGUUACCUGUAUGAUCAUUAAUACCGUUUACUAAAUUUGAUGAUUAGUGCACGGAAAUGGAAUAAUAUUUUCCAAACCAUCGAUAUUGUUUCGAUCAGUUUUCUUAGGAUUGUAUAUGUGUGUGUUGUUAAAAAUUCAAAUUAUUAUAAUAAAAAAUAGUGAUACUUGUUAAUGAUAUUAUUUAGUUUAUAUGUUGUUACGAUGAUCCGGGUAUUUCCCGAGGAACUUCUAAUUUGCUUUUAAUAUAACACCCUGGUUUUAUUGCUUAUUGGAAACAUUAUAUGUUUGAAAUGCAUUCAGUUCAUUAUUAUUCCAUUUUUUUGCAAAUUAACAAAAAAUUAUUUUUUGGAAACAAAAAGAAUCUAGUCAACAAUUAUCUUAAUUUGACUGAACUAAGUCUGAAGCAGCUUUCUAAUUAUUUAGAAAUCAAUAAAAAUAUGAGAACUCAAGAUUUAGUAGUUGAUUCGGUUAUAUCAAAUACUAUUUAACCUACUUUUCCUGAUCAUAUCUCUUUUUUUCUUCUCUAAUGAAUUUAACGCUACGGUAAGUUUUUGCUUGCAACUCUAUAUUUGAAUAGAAAUAUUUCUGUAAAAUUUUGGGAAAACUAAAUUUGAAAAUAUAUUAAUGUUUUCGUGUUAAUUGUAUAUUUCUAGUAUUUGUACAUUUUAAUCUGAAAUCGGUUGUGAUGUUUCAAAUACUGCUUGUUAAUAAUAUACUUGCCCUUUAUCCAUCUGUAUUAUUUUUACAGUUAAAUAAAAGUAUUUUCAAAUAAA